UCACCGAAAGGAAGUUUCAGUUUGCGUGUGUGCGAGAGUCGGGGUGUCCGGAGCCGGGGGUGACCCUUUGGGAAGCCUGUGCUCUGCCGCAGGGGCACCGAUGGGGGUGAGGAGCACACAGGCGAACGGCAGCUAAAAGCCCCGGGUGUAUGGCAGUAUCGGUGAGAAACGGGGCAUGGCGGGUCCUGGAACCGAGCGGCCAGGAGGAGCCGGUCCCCCGGAGGAGGAGAGAAUCUCCUAUCUUCAGCUGCUCCAGAGGAACCGAGUGAAGCUCAUUGAUGAACUUGGAGACAAAAUCGACUCAAUUCUGGAUCAUGCCUUGCAAAUUCAAUUAAUUUCAAAGGAUGCUUAUGAAGAUGUGAAGUAUAUCCCAGGACCCAGGAAGAAAGUUAGAACUUUGCUGGAUAUUGUUGACUGUCUUGGGGAAAUGGUGGCUGAACAAUUCAUUUUACUCAUUAACAAAAGCAAAGAUAUGUCUGAUAAAGAACCUGGGUCCAGGGAACACUUGUCUGUGAUAAAGAAACAUAAACAAGUUCUUAGCCGGAGAAAUGAGGUGAUGAUGUAUUAUAACACGAGACCUGGAGAGAAAAUUCACCUUUCAGAACAGUUCACCAACUUGCUGCUUGUAGAAGGGCAUCUCAACCUCGAAUUUAAAAGGCAUGAGCUACUGUCCUUUGGGCAGCAUCGAAUUCAUUUACAGGAGAGGAGCAGCCAGCAAAUGGAGAUCAAACCAGGCCAGUUAUUUAUGCAAAUCAAUGAUAAACAAGCUCCCAAGAGAACACUAGUCUCUGGUGUGGCGGGAAUAGGGAAAACUGUCCUCUUGCAGAAGAUUGUUUUUGACUGGGCGAAUAAUCAGUGUUUUGAUAACUUUGAAUUUCUCCUACACUUCACGUUUAGGGAUCUUAAUUUGAUUAAUAAACCAAUGAGUCUCAGGAAUCUGGUUUUGAAGAAGAAUGGUCAUUUGUGGAAAGUGCUAGAUUCUGUUUUUGAGGUCCCAGAGAAGCUGCUGAUAAUUUUGGAUGGAUUUGAUGAAUUUAAGUUUUGUGGUUGUUUAGGUGGAGAUUGCUACAUCACUGACCCUGAUGAGGAGGGGAAUUUGGUGGAUGUCAUCUACAGCCUCCUGCAAGGGGAGCUUCUCACUGGGGCCUCGGUCCUGCUGACCAGCCGGCCCACAGCCAUUAGCUACAUUCCAGUGGAAACCAUUGACCGCUUUGUAAUCAUCACUGGGUUUUCUGAAAAGGAAAUCAGAUACUACUUCCUGAAAUAUUACCAAGAUGAAGAAGUUGGUGGUCAAAUGUUUCAGCUUGUGAAAGAAAGUGAAUUCCUCUUUACACUGUGUUUUAUACCUGCCUUUUGUUAUAUAGUCUGCAGUGUUUUGAGAGUGAAAGAAAGGGAGAAUCAUAAACAGCCAAAAACAAUGACAGACAUUUAUAGCCACUACCUCUGUGCGCUGCUACAGCACCACUCCCGAGUUCAGCCCUCUGGAGGAGGCGACCUCACACAAACUCUCCGAAACCUGGGCAGAUUGGCAUAUGCCAAACUGCUGCAGCACGACACCCUGUUCUACCAACAUGAUUUGGAGGCUCAUCUUGUUGAAUUAAAUACCUUUGUAGAUAGUUUUCUGGAUAAGACCUCUGUCCAGGAACCAGACUGUGUAGAGAAUGUCUUUUCCUUCACACACUUCACCAUCCAGGAGUUUUUUGCAGCAUUGCAUUACAUAUUGGAACCUGAGCCUUUCCCAGAUUUGAUGAACGUGGACACGAUGAACAAAUACAAGAUGGCUACAGGUUUCUUGGAUAUAUUCCAACGAUUCUUAUCUGGUAUGUUAUCUGAGAGGAACCAGGCCUUACUCUCCAAGCACAUGAAAUUGGACAAAGUCACAAAAUCUGAGUCCUACUGUUACUGGCUGAUAGAAGAGAUCACAGAGCAUUGUGAAAACGGAUCAAGCAUUCUGAACCUUCUGCACUGUUUCUUUGAACAGCAAAAUGAUUCAUUAGCGCAGAGAAUAAAACCUAAAAAUCUCCGCAUCCACAUUGGGGACAAUGCACUUUGCCCAGUUGAUGUCAGUGUGCUGAAAUACUUCCUAAACAUGAGGAUUGGAGAUCUAGAAGAAUUAGAUCUCACAGCAACCAGUAUAAACACUGCAGCAUUGAAGAGCCUACAACCAUUUUUACACCAUUGUGAGAGAUUAUGGUGUGGAGAAAAUAAAUUGGAUUUUGAAGCGAUUAAAUUUCUGUGUGAGCUGCUGAAGUCUCCGGACUACAAACUGAAGCUGCUGGGUCUGGGCUGGACAGACAUUGGGAAUAAUGAGUUGAGAGAACUCUGUGAUGCACUAAAGGACAACAAAACACUACAGGAACUGUGGAUUGAAGGCUGCAAUGCUGAUUACCAUGGAAUUUAUGGAUUUACUGCAGUCUCUUCCACUAAUACUACAUUAAAGAAAGUGGUGUUAAUUGGACACUGCCUUCAAGAGGAAGAUUUGGUGAAACUGUCCCAAAAUCUGAAUCCUUCCAAUUCUAGUUUUCUCAUCACAGGGUUCAGUGAUGAUCAUGGCCAGUGGAUGGGUUGGUGUGACUGGAUUCUUCAGAGGUGCCAACUGUGUGACAAUGAGAAGCUUGUCUAUUUUCUCACUAAAAUCUUCACCAAAUUUCUCCAAAACAGCACCUUCACGUGGAUGCCACAGUGGUGCAAAGAACUACAGGAACUUUUACAAGACAGAAUUCGGAAAUGCACAUCGGAAGAAAUCCGAACUAAGCUGGAGAAGCUCAAAGAAACCAUUAGUCAAUACUGAGGAGAAAAAUAUUGUAAUUCUGCCAAUUAACAAAAAUUGGUCUUGGUACUCAAUUGAUAGCUCUGCAAAGGAUCAGAACAGACACAAUAAGCUGAAUGGCUAUUCAACAACACUUUCUCGUUGCAAAAUGCUUCACAUCACUGAGUAUUUUUAAUGUCCCCACUGUCAUUUUUACGCAUAUUUUGGGUAUUAUUGGAUUUAGUGAUGUGGGAUUUCCUUACAUUGGGUAUUAUUGGUUUUAGGAAUGUGGGAUUUCCUUAUAUUGAGUAUUAUUGGAUUUAGGGAUGUGGGAUUUCCUUAUAUUGGGUAUUAUUGGAUUUAGUGAUGUGGGAUUUCCUUACAUUGGGUAUUAUUGGAUUUAGGGAUGUGGGAUUUCCUUAUAUUGGGUAUUAUUGGAUUUAGGGAUGUGGGAUUUCCUUAUAUUGGGUAUUAUUGGAUUUAGGGAUGUGGGAUUUCCUUAUAAUGAGUAUUAUUGAAUUUGUGGAUGUGGGAUUUCCUUAUAUUGGGUAUUAUUGGAUUUAGUGAUGUGGGAUUUCCUUAUAUUGGGUUUUAUUGGGUUUAGGGAUGUGGGAUUUCCUUAUAUUGAGCAUUAUUGGAUUUAGGGAGGUGGGAUUUCCUUAUAUUGGGUAUUAUUGGAUUUAGGGAUGUGGGAUUUCCUUAAAUUGAGCAUUAUUGGAUUUAGGGAGGUGGGAUUUCCUUAUAUUGGGUAUUAUUGAAUUUGUGGAUGUGGGAUUUCCUUAUAUUGGGUAUUAUUGGAUUUAGUGAUGUGGGAUUUCCUUAUAUUGGGUUUUAUUGGGUUUAGGGAUGUGGGAUUUCCUUAUAUUGAGCAUUAUUGGAUUUAGGGAGGUGGGAUUUCCUUAUAUUGGGUAUUAUUGGAUUUAGGGAUGUGGGAUUUCCUUAUAUUGGGUAUUAUUGGAUUUAGGGAUGUGGGAUUUCCUUAUAAUGGGUAUUAUUGGAUUUAGUGAUGUGGGAUUUCCUUAUAUUGAGCAUUAUUGGAUUUAGAGAUGUGGGAUUUCCUUAUAUUGGGUUUUACUGGAUUUAGGGAUGUGGGAUUUCCUUAUACUGGGUAUUAUUGGAUUUAGGGAUGUGAGAUUUCCUUAUACUUUGUAUUAUUGGAUUUAGGGAUGUGGGAUUUCCUUAUAUUGGGUAUUAUUGGAUUUAUUGAUGUGGGAUUUCCUUGUAUUGGGUAUUAUUGGAUUUAGGGAUGUGGGAUUUCCUCAUGCUCCAAUAUAUAGCCACAGAUUAAGAUGCGGUUGUUGAGCUUAGAGACGUCCUUGUAAUGUGCAUCUCUGCAAAUAUAAGAUUGUGUGUGUAAACAUGGGUUCUAAUUUUAUCCUUCAGCACUGGACUAUUGGAUCUGUAAUGUGUGGCAGAUAAUUUUAGGUAUUAAUUAUUAGUGAAUGAGAUGUGACCAAUUAAUCAGUUUGUCAUGGCACAGAUUGGAUAAAGAAUGUUGGCUAGGAUAUCAGGAGAACACCUCUUGGAAUAGUUGACAUGAUAUUAUUUGCUUGCAACUGAAAAGGUCCCAGUCUAAGGGGUGUCCCGGUACGGUGGGGGGGCGCGUGCCGUUGCCGGGGUGUCUGGGUGUAGAGGGUGUCAGGGACAGUGCUCUCUGUACUGUGGUGAUAUACCAGCCAAGGUUACUCAAACCAUGGAAGGAGUUUUUUCAACCUACAGUGUCUUGCACAAGGGAUAGAAGGUCAAUAAAUGAGUUGAACUGAAUCUCGCGGGCUAGUGUCUGAGUGCAGCAUGUGGAAUUCAAUGCUGUGUGUUAAUGAAAUGUUAAACUCAAUAGUCUCUCCUGGGAGACAUAAGACCAUAUCCUAUGGUCCUGUCUUGAAGAAGAUUGAGCACAUGCUCCCUGGUGACCCUGGCCAAUGUUAUCUGUCAAUCAACAUUAUUAACUCCACACUGCUAUUUGCAGAAUCUUGCAGCUUGAAAAUUGGCUGCCACAUUUCCUACAUUACAGCAGUGAUGCUUCAAUGAAAGUAUUGAAUUGGCUUUAAACCCCACUUUGGAACGUCCUGAGGUUGUGAAUAUGUGCUUGCUUCCUUUCUGCUAUAAUACCUUUUCAUGCUGUUUGUGAACUGGAGGAUAGUCACCCCACCAUGGAGUGGGAACUCAGAAAAUAACCAUCUUUUAUUGAAACAUGUUCUUCUUCCCUUGUACCUUUCAACAAUUGUAAUUUACAAUUGUGAUAGCAAUUCAACAAAAUAUGGUUAUCAACAAUACCAUCAGUAAAUGUGUACAUAAAUACCUGUAUUUUGAGCACCUUGCACACAAUCAGGACAUUUCAAAAUGCUUCACAAUAAAGUAAUUUUUGCAAGUGAGGUCACUGUUGUAAUGUAGGAGACAAUUAGUGAAAUGUUCUUCCAACAGCAAUAGUAAUAAAUGAUCAGAUGAUUAUUUUUAACGAUGUACUUAAAGGAUAAAUAUUGGCCCAGGUCACUGAGGAGGAAAGCGCAGCACUUUCUUUGUAUUGACGCUCCGACAGUGCCCGCUCCCUCAGCCCUGACCCUCCGACAGUGCCCACUCCCUCAGCACUGACCCUCCGACAGUGCGGCGCUCCCUCAGCACUGACCCUCCGACAGUGCCCACUCCCUCAGCACUGACCCUCCGACAGUGUCCACUCCCUCAGCACUGACCCUCCGACAGUGCCCGCUCCCUCAGUACUGACCCCCCGACAAUGCGGCACUCCCUCAGCACUGACCCUCCGACAGUGCCCGCUCCUUCAGCACUGACCCUCCGACAGUGCCCACUCCCUCAGCACUGACGCUCCGACAGUGCCCACUCCCUCAGCACUGACCC